GCGAGCGAAAUAGACCAGGGUGGAAUUGCCAAGGGAGCUGCUUCGGGGUGGUUUUGGUCCAUUUCUCCCGCGAAGAGUCGACAUGGCGAGCGACUCCCCAGCUCGCAGCCUGGAUGAAAUCGAUCUCUCCGCCCUGAGGGAUCCUGCAGGGAUCUUUGAGUUGGUGGAACUUGUCGGAAAUGGGACGUAUGGCCAAGUUUACAAGGGUCGUCAUGUCAAAACAGGCCAGCUUGCAGCCAUUAAGGUUAUGGAUGUCACAGGGGAUGAAGAGGAAGAAAUCAAACAGGAAAUUAACAUGUUGAAGAAAUAUUCUCAUCACAGGAACAUUGCUACAUACUACGGUGCUUUCAUCAAAAAGAACCCUCCAGGCAUGGAUGACCAACUCUGGUUGGUGAUGGAGUUCUGUGGUGCUGGCUCUGUCACUGACCUGAUCAAGAACACAAAAGGCAACACAUUAAAGGAAGAGUGGAUUGCAUACAUCUGCAGGGAGAUCUUACGGGGCCUGAGCCACCUGCACCAGCACAAGGUGAUUCAUCGAGAUAUUAAGGGGCAGAACGUCCUGCUGACUGAAAACGCUGAAGUGAAGCUAGUGGACUUUGGAGUGAGUGCCCAGCUUGACCGAACAGUGGGCAGAAGGAACACAUUCAUCGGGACCCCCUAUUGGAUGGCACCAGAAGUCAUUGCCUGUGACGAGAACCCAGACGCUACCUAUGAUUUCAAGAGUGACUUGUGGUCCUUGGGAAUCACCGCCAUCGAAAUGGCAGAAGGUGCUCCCCCCCUCUGUGACAUGCAUCCCAUGAGAGCCCUCUUCCUCAUCCCCCGGAACCCUGCGCCCCGCCUCAAGUCCAAGAAGUGGUCAAAAAAAUUCCAGUCGUUCAUUGAGAGCUGCUUGGUAAAGAAUCACAGCCAGCGACCAGCCACAGAACAAUUGAUGAAGCAUCCAUUCAUACGAGACCAACCUAACGAAAGACAGGUCCGCAUUCAGCUGAAGGACCACAUUGAUAGAACAAAGAAGAAGCGGGGAGAAAAAGAUGAGACCGAGUAUGAAUACAGCGGGAGUGAGGAGGAAGAGGAAGAGAACGACUCUGGGGAACCCAGCUCCAUUCUGAACCUACCAGGGGAGUCAACACUGCGAAGAGACUUCCUGAGACUGCAGCUGGCCAACAAGGAGCGCUCAGAGGCCCUGCGGCGACAACAGCUGGAGCAACAGCAGCGGGAGAACGAGGAACACAAGCGGCAGCUGCUGGCUGAGCGCCAGAAGCGCAUCGAGGAACAGAAGGAGCAGAGGAGGAGGCUGGAGGAGCAACAAAGGCGAGAAAAGGAGCUUCGGAAGCAGCAGGAGAGGGAACAGCGCCGGCACUAUGAAGAGCAGAUGCGCCGGGAGGAGGAGAGGAGGCGCGCAGAGCAUGAGCAGGAAUACAUCAGGCGACAGUUAGAGGAAGAGCAAAGACAGUUAGAGAUCUUGCAGCAGCAGCUACUGCAUGAACAAGCUCUACUUCUGGAAUAUAAGCGCAAACAGCUGGAGGAGCAGAGACAAGCAGAAAGACUGCAGAGGCAGCUGAAGCAAGAGAGAGACUACCUGGUUUCCCUCCAACAUCAGCGGCAGGAGCAGAGGCCCCUGGAGAAGAAGCCGCUGUACCAUUACAAGGAGGGCAUGAGUCCCAGCGAGAAGCCUGCAUGGGCCAAAGAGGUAGAAGAACGAUCAAGACUCAACCGACAGAGUUCACCUGCCAUGCCUCACAAGGUUGCCAACAGGAUCUCUGACCCCAACCUGCCCCCAAGAUCAGAGUCCUUCAGCAUUAGUGGGGUUCAGCCUGCUCGGACACCCCCGAUGCUCAGACCUGUUGAUCCCCAGAUCCCGCAGCUGGUCGCUGUGAAAUCCCAGGGACCAGCCCUGACCGCCUCCCAGUCAGUGCACGAGCAACCCACAAAGGGCCUGUCUGGCUUCCAGGAGGCUCUGAAUGUGACCUCUCACCGGGUCGAGAUGCCACGCCAGAACUCGGAUCCCACCUCGGAAAACCCUCCUCUCCCCACUCGCAUUGAGAAGUUUGACCGAAGCUCUUGGUUACGACAGGAAGAAGACAUUCCACCAAAGGUGCCUCAAAGAACAACUUCUAUAUCCCCAGCACUAGCCAGAAAGAAUUCCCCUGGGAAUGGCAGUGCUCUGGGCCCUAGACUUGGAUCUCAACCUAUCAGAGCAAGCAACCCUGAUCUCCGCAGAACAGAGCCCGUCCUGGAGAGCCCCUUGCAGAGGACCAGCAGUGGCAGUUCCUCCAGCUCCAGCACUCCCAGCUCCCAACCCAGCUCCCAAGGAGGCUCUCAGCCUGGGUCGCAAGCCGGAUCCAGCGAGCGAACCAGAGUUCGGGCCAACAGUAAGUCAGAAGGAUCGCCUGUGCUGCCCCAUGAGCCUUCCAAGGUGAAACCAGAAGAAUCCAGAGACAUCACGCGGCCCAGUAGGCCAGCUAGCUAUAAGAAAGCUAUAGAUGAGGAUCUGACGGCAUUAGCCAAAGAAUUAAGAGAACUUCGGAUUGAAGAAACAAAUCGCCCACUGAAGAAGGUGACGGAUUACUCUUCCUCCAGCGAGGAGUCGGAGAGUAGCGAGGAAGAAGAGGAAGAUGGCGAGAGCGAGACGCAUGAUGGGACAGUGGCUGUCAGUGACAUCCCCAGACUAAUACCCACAGGGGCUCCAGGAAGCAAUGAGCAGUACAACAUGGGAAUGGUAGGGACGCACGGGCUGGAGGCUCCUCAUGCGGACACCUUCGGCAGCAGUAUUUCAAGAGAAGGAACCUUGAUGAUCAGAGAGACGGCUGAAGAGAAGAAACGAUCUGGCCACACUGACAGCAACGGCUUCGCCGGUCACAUCAAUCUCCCAGACCUUGUGCAGCAGAGCCACUCGCCAGCUGGGACUCCCACCGAGGGACUGGGGCGUGUCUCCACCCACCCCCAGGAGAUGGACACGGGGGCUGAAUAUGGCAUGGGAAGCAGCACCAAAGCCUCCUUUACCCCCUUCGUGGACCCCAGAGUGUACCAGACAUCCCCCACUGAUGAAGAUGAAGAGGAUGACGAGUCAUCCGCUGCUGCUCUGUUUACUAGCGAACUUCUUAGGCAAGAACAGGCCAAACUCAAUGAAGCAAGGAAGAUUUCAGUGGUAAAUGUGAACCCAACAAACAUUCGCCCUCAUAGUGACACACCGGAAAUCAGAAAAUACAAGAAACGCUUCAACUCAGAAAUACUUUGUGCAGCUCUGUGGGGUGUAAACCUUCUGGUGGGAACCGAAAACGGCCUGAUGCUUUUGGACAGAAGUGGCCAAGGCAAAGUCUACAACCUGAUCAACCGGAGGCGAUUUCAGCAGAUGGAUGUGCUGGAAGGACUGAAUGUUCUUGUGACGAUAUCAGGAAAGAAGAAUAAGCUCCGUGUUUACUAUCUUUCAUGGUUAAGAAACAGAAUACUGCACAACGACCCGGAAGUGGAAAAGAAGCAGGGCUGGGUCACCGUUGGGGACUUGGAAGGCUGCAUCCAUUACAAAGUUGUUAAAUAUGAAAGGAUCAAGUUCUUGGUGAUUGCCUUAAAGAAUGCAGUAGAGAUAUAUGCUUGGGCCCCUAAACCUUAUCACAAGUUCAUGGCAUUUAAGUCUUUUGCAGAUCUACAGCAUAAGCCUCUGCUUGUUGAUCUCACGGUAGAAGAAGGUCAAAGGUUAAAGGUCAUUUUUGGCUCACACACUGGUUUCCAUGUAAUUGAUGUUGAUUCUGGAAACUCCUAUGAUAUCUAUAUACCAUCCCAUAUUCAGGGCAAUAUCACUCCCCAUGCUAUUGUCAUCUUGCCUAAAACGGAUGGAAUGGAAAUGCUUGUGUGCUAUGAGGAUGAGGGGGUGUACGUAAACACCUACGGCCGGAUCACUAAGGAUGUGGUGCUCCAAUGGGGAGAAAUGCCCACGUCUGUGGCCUACAUUCAUUCCAAUCAGAUAAUGGGCUGGGGCGAGAAAGCUAUUGAGAUCCGGUCAGUGGAAACAGGACAUUUGGAUGGAGUAUUUAUGCAUAAGCGAGCUCAAAGGUUAAAGUUUCUAUGUGAAAGAAAUGAUAAGGUAAAUCCGUUUCAACUUUGCUUUAGUGUUUGCAUUUUAAGAGACCACCAGGUACCUGUGAAACCUUCAUUUUCCUUUAUACUGACUUGAGUCACAUCUGUUAAAUGAUCAAUAACUAUCUUGAAAUGGCAUUACUUGGUUUGAUUCAUGCGACCAUUCAGAACCUAUAACUCAUGCAUCCAAGACAACAUAAAACAUCUAGAACUUCCUUGUAAACUCUUGCUAACUUUUGUGGCCCCAGGGCCUUCUGGUAAUUUAGCAACCAUUGCAAACUCUCCGAUGCACUUAGAGCAGCUGGCCCAUCAUUAAUCACCUCACAGUGGGUUAGCCUUACGCUUUCACUUCUACGCCUUUCACAGAGAUACUAUUGGGACCUAGUUUUCAUAUUAAGUGUAAAAACAUCUGACAUGUAGAAAUAUGAACUUCUGAAAAACGUCACUCAUUUCUAAGACAUGUAGUCACAAACUCAACCCCUGCCAUGUCCUUCCUGUCUCAUUUCAGCCAUGUGUCUCCUGACAUGUCACAGGGGGGCUACAUUCCAGUACAAGUGACCAUGCCUGGCCAGCAUGAUCUGUCACCUUACGGGAGUAUACUGAGGUGGUCAUGCUCAGCCCCGCCCUCCAUGUAGAGUAAUUCAGUCUCUAGUAGCUAAUCUAUAUUUGUGAGCCCACCCACUGAGAUCAUGUUCAGCCUAACAACCAUGUCCACAUAGAAAAGAAUGGGAUGGGUCGAACUGUUUACAUUUCUUUGUUCACCCCAGUUCCCCAGAGGCCAGGCUAGUCGUGAUCCAACCCUAGUAAAGUGGGUCUGGAUUCUUUGAACCUGGCUAACUGCUUCUGACCUGGUGUGGUCUAGUGGACAGUAGCUGUGGGAGACAAGGCUGGUUACCAGGGGUCUUAUCAGAGUAUGUCUGAAACUAGAUUUAUCAAGUAAGACUCCAACACUUCCGCAGUCCUAGAUGCUGAGACAUGAAAUGUUCUAAGUGUAGACAACCAUACUCUAGUUCUUGAUGACCAACCCCAGCAGGCCUGGUCCAGCCCAUACACUCAGACUGGAGCCUCUGGGUAAAUCCCUGAACCCACAACCAGGGAAAACAGCAACCCUUUCCUUUCAGCAAAUCUUCACUGUCCUCUGACUCACUGACCCCGUAGAGUAGCCUUACUUUCCUCUGUAGCUUUAGCUAAAUGUCAAGCAAUUCCACGAGCUUCUUGAGAAGCCAUGGAGACAUAGUAGCACAGACUUUUCACUAGUGACACCUACUCGUUCCUCAGACCACAAACACUGGCUGACUGAAGGGCUACUGCACAGCCCCAAAUAUUAUUUUCCCGGGGCCGUGGUUCACUGACAUUCAGCUCAAGUAAGCAGUAAUCUAAAUUCUGCUCACUUCUCCCAGGCCUUUGAUAAAGUAAUUGAGCUGGCUCAGACCUAAUGGACUGUGGUUUUGCUUAUUAAUGCCAUUAUCUCCUCUGGCCCGGGAUCUGCCAGCAUCAGCAGAGACAAAGUGUUAAACCGUAGAGCACCAGACUGAAUAUGCAUCCAACACCUUAGCCUAAUCAACCAUAGCCACUCUUGAUUACUUUGUUUUCAAGUUUAAAAAUUGAACACUGAAAUGGUACAAACUGUAGGUAGGCCCCCAAAUUUUGCCCAUAACUUCAGGUAUUUAAAGGGAUUCUCUUCCAUCUGCCUCCAUAUCAAUUACAAGGGAGAGAAAGAUAGCGCCUGUACCCUUUUUUAGAAAUUGUCAUUGUCCCCACCAGAAGUCCAGCAAUAAAUAAUAAUGUUAGAGAACAUACGUGAGGGCAUGAGGGUCUCCAGACAGUGUGCUAUCUCAGAAGUCACUGCCAACACUGGCCACUGAAACAGCUGACACGUGGUGAGGAUAGGGCAUGUGAGAGAAAAUGGCUGGACAGUUGAAGAAGAGAAGGGGGAAGAAAAAAACCAUGAAGCUGAACUAACUUGUUUUUAAUUUCAAACAGGUAUUUUUUGCAUCCGUGCGAUCUGGAGGAAGUAGCCAAGUGUUUUUCAUGACCCUCAACAGAAAUUCCAUGAUGAACUGGUAACAGAAGAGCACUUGGCACUUAUCUUCAUGGCGUUAUUUCUAUUGUAAAAGAACAUAACUCAUGUGGACGUAUGCCAGUCUAGAGGCAGAAUCAGAAGGCCUGGUUGAACAUACCGCUUUCCCCGUUUCCUCUCCCUCCAUCUCUCCCAAUAUGGUCCUUCUUUCAGUGUUGCAGCCUGGUUGAGGAGGAGAGAAAGGUGGCAGGCGUGUCUGGGAGAUCCCGAGGAUGCUGCAUUGUCUGUGGACAGAGAUGGACUGUGUGCCCUUCGGAGUUAGGGAUAGAAACAAAUAUUGUGUGCUCUUAUGAUUAAGCUGUGUUUAUGCUGGCUCUUCAGUUCUCUUGGUUUGAAAUUUUAACAUUUUUUUUUUCUUUACCACCUUACUUUGUAAGAAUGGGGGGAAAUGCGUACUGGGAAAUUAGUCUUUUUUAAAUUCUGUCUGCCUGCUAGCUUUAAGUAUAUGGUUUGUUGUAAAUUUUCCAAUUCCCAGUAGUGAGAGACAGCACAAUAAAUGUACUUACCUCCCUCCACUGAAGGCCAAAACCGCAGAGGCGGGUAAUUUAAGAAUUCUCUUGCCUUCACCAACCCAAGAGGCUGUUUUGUUUUGUUUUGUCUUUUUUAUUAUUAUUAUUAUUAUUGCUACUGACUAAUGAAUUUUUGAAAGAGAAGCAAAAUAGCUGGUUUUCUCCUCUCUGGGGAAAUAGAUUUUAAAUGGCUAAACUACUAGCCUUAAUCUAAUAAAAUCAACUACCACUUUUGUGAGUCUGACAGGCCGUAUUUUGAUAUGGCCCUUUCUAGAGUGGAGGGUGUUGAAUGGUACAGGGAUGCCAUUGAGUUGAGUGGGCUUGUGAUUGGGGAGGGACUCUGGGAUGUAACUGUCCCUCGGUUAUUAUGCAACAGAUCAGGGCAAAAGAUGGGAUGACAGGUGGGUCACCCAGAAGGAGCUUCUGAGAAAUGAGCUAAUAUGUCUAUGUAAAUACACACACGUUCUUUCUUAAAGGCACAAAGCCUCCUUGCUAAGAGGUCCCUUACUUCAGGCUUUGGUAAGACUGAGACUGACUGAGAUUUUUCCUGGAGCUUGGAUUACAUGACAGCCAAGCUCUGGAAACCCAGCUCCCUCCCAAGGGUGCCGCUUUCUCAAGAUAAAAAACUGUGACAAGAAAGAAUUGCUAAUAAAUGGUUCUGAGCUGCCUGUGUUUUCACUGGGUCAAGUGACUAGACUCAUAAGCCUGCAGGCACCAACAGCUCAGAUUUUAGGGAAACUGAAGGCAAGGCUUUGGCCAAAAUUCUGAGACCCUAAUCACAUUAUGUUCCUCCAAACUCCCCAACAUACUGUUAACAGCAUCUGUGCAGAGAUGUGUAUGUAUUUAGUUCAGGUUGACUUGUGUCCUUAUUAAAAAAAAAACAAACAUAAAAAAAACAAAAAACAAAAACAAAAACAAAAAAAAAACAACCCUUACUCGAAUGAUUUGAACCUUUAUGUGACUGACUGGGAUAUUUCCCAGAGCUAUAAGCAUGGCCGCCUAUGGUAUCCAGGUGUUGCAAAACGGUAUCUGUGCUGUGCUUCCUGUUUUAACCUACCUCGUUUUGUUUGUUUUGUUUCUCUGUUCAUCACAGCGGUGUUAUAUCCAGGAGACAUAUAGAGAGCUCAACUGGCAAUCUCAGCUGCACUGAGUAUUUUCAAAACAGUAGUUGACCAAAUUGUUCUUUAAAAUUGGAGGGAGAAAAAAAAAAUCUCCAAUGACAAAAAUCUAAUGCAGUUUGUUUUUAAAGAAUGCAAUUACUGUAAAUGGAUCAAAAAAAGAAAGACAGAAACUGUGAUUCUACUGAUUUUUGCCUAAACAAAAUGAGCAGCUUAUGUACUAUAAAUGAGAACGAAACAUAUGUUAGGAAAAUGGUACUUUUUAAAUCUGGUGGUUUGGCCAAAGGGGACGAGAAAGGGAAAGUAUUCUGAGCUCUGGACUAGGUGAUUCUGUAACCCCUGAAGGUGAUUGUUGUUUGCAGUUAUCUGACGAAGGUAACACGCAGGGAUGUAAUGAGCGUGGUCUUCAGGUGAUCACCACGAUGUGCCCAUCACGGUCCCUCUAGCUCUCAAAAGCAAUGAAAUCCUCCCGUUCUCAUUUUUACCGCUGGGGUUAUGCUGCCAGACAACACUGUCUUCUUCAAAUUCCAUGGGACAAAUUCAGCAGUAGCUCUGGGUUGAAUUCAGCAACUACUGGAAUUGGAUGCUGACGUGGACAAAAAUAAUACGGAUGUGUCUCCAAAUGUGAUUGCCACCAGGCUCUUUAUAUUGCUGCUGUGAUAGUUUGAACCAGAGGCUUCCUUAAAUUAUGUUGCAAACUGAUCUUUGUUUUUAUGUUUUGUUUUGUUUUGUUCUUAUUUCUAAGCGAUACAUCUAAAACACACAGCUUUAAAUGAUUUUUUUAUUGUGGGACUUUGGGUACAGUUAAGAAAUAAAAGGGAAUCAUUGUGUUUAAACAUAAGGUAGUUUGUGAAUGUAUUUUUUAAAAUCUAGAUUCAUUGGAACAAAAAAAAAUCAUAAGAAAACAUACUAAUGCCGUCUUGUUUACAGUAUGUACAGUGACAUAACAUGACAUGAGCUUUUUCUGGUGCCAACAAAAUAAAACACAGACGUUAAACAUCAAGCCAUGCCUUUUAUAUUUUUGUACAAAUAUUUUGCACCGAGCAUAUGGCGAAACCAAAUUUAAAAGGGCCCCGCUAAUCUCUGCUCCUUAAAAUACAUUAUAGAAGUCCUUGAAGCAGUUAUCCUCACAAGUAAAUAUUCUGGCACUUAUGACAGGUCUCAACGCUGACAUCAUGAGACCUUGGUCAUGCAAAAUACAUCAGAAUGGUGCCCUUGUGGUUCUUCAUCCAGUUCCCAAAUUUGGGAUUGAUUUUUGUUUGUUUGUUUUUCUGGUGGGUGUGUUGUAAUUUAAAAUGUUUUCUCUUUUGAUUUUUCUUUUAAAAAGUUUUUUUUUCCUCCGAGAAAUUAGACAAGUUUCUGUUUUUCUACAAGGAGGAAUAGCCUUCCUCCAAAAUUAAGCUUUAGUAGACUUGUCCAUUCAAUGCAAUUGACCGUGCAGCAAACACACUGAGCGUGCCCACACCACAGCCUUGGUCUGGGACCUAGAAGGAAACCACUGUAACCGAGUGCUAACCAGGAUGUUGUGCUCAGAUUCCUGUAUUCGGUGAAUGGUAGAUAUGAACUGUGAAUCUUCCCCCCCCCCCACUAACUUCAUUCAGGUCAUACACAACCAUUUCACACCAAACAAACAAAACUUACAUCAAGCACCACAUGAAAUCUGAUAGGCCUGGUUAUAUGGAGCUCAGUUUCUUCCUGGGGGGAUUUUAAACAAACGUUAAGACCUAAACUUGUUGUUGUUGAUUCAAUAGCAUACAUAGAAGUAAGGGCAAACUCUUACGAGGCCACGUGGACAGGGCUCCGUGUCUCUAACGCUGUCAUACUACCAUUGUCUUCUGGGAUGCACACCUAACACACCUUGCAUCAAGGACACAUUUUUUUAAAGUCGCUGUAAUUCCUGGCUGUCACCACCUUCUAACAGUUUUCUGUCUGCUCUUGUGAUGCACUGAUGAUUGUGUCUCUGGUCUUUUCCUGUGCACUAGUGUAGAAAGAGGCGUGAUACUCAGGCCUGAGCCAUUUGAGUUUUGUCCAUUGACAAAGAAGGGCCAAAGUCUGACUUCACAGUCCACAAAGUUCUCUUUAAAAAAAAACCGCUUUCCCUGCUACUGUGUGUACAAGUUCCUGUCGUUGUUCUCCCAAACCAUGCACGCAUUCUGUGUGCGCUGUCUUGGAAAGUCUUCGUACCCAGGCACCGUUGCCUUCAUGCUGACUGCUCUGCACUAUACAGUGUGCUGCAUUAUUCUUAAGAAAGAAUAUAUAGGUGUUGAUCAAACUUGAUCUUGACGAGUUUCAGGAAAACAUGAGAGAACUGACCCCGGUCCAAACACUCCAGAGGCUCUCUGGUACUAUGUUCUGACCAUCUCAACAGUUGUAAAUUAUGGAUUACCUUUUGGUUCAUUCCUGAAAAGUUAAAUCUAACUGUCUCAAACAACACGUGCAAACCCGCUGUCCUUGAGACUACAUCACUGUAACACAAAAUUUAACCCCGAAAGUCUAAGUCUUUAUUUACCUGCUGGAAAUUCACAUAAAUGCCAUCAAAUUUGGCCUUGCUCACUUCAGCAGCAAUAGGGACCCUACAAUGAGUUGUCCUUCCAUGAGUCUCACAUACUGUGACUAUAAGAUGCUCUCUAUUCCAGAGCCAGAGAGUAGGAGCGUUUUACAGUUUGCAGGUCCAGAGCUGACAGCACGGACACUUCUGCCAAGUAUUUUGUAGUGUUACUUUUAUUUCCGUACUGUGACAUUGUUCUGGGAAUUUCUCCAUAGACAUUUUUGAGAGUCAACAAUUUGCACAGCAUUAAAUAAUAUGAGAUCAUGACCCUGUACUUUGAACUUUAUCCCACUGCCAUGCCGGUCCAUGAAGGCCCACAAUACACAGCAACAAAGAUUUCCCCAAAAGUUUCUAAACAAAAGCUCCCUGGAUAAGGUUUGUACUAUUUUAAGUCAGAUCAAAAUCUCAAUAAGCAUUUGGAUGACUCUAGAAAAUACAGUUGAAAAAAAAAAAUGCCCUGAGGUUUCCGGAUUUCCGGCUGUGUGUAAUCCCCUUUGCACUCAUUUACUCUGCAUGAGUUUGGUUUUGAUGAUUUAUCUCUUACAGGCAGCAAAUAUCUAUGCUUCCAUAGCCCCAUUUGAGAAUCCCUUCCCCAGGUUAAAGCAUAGCAAUGCAUAAAGCAUAGCAAUGCAUAGUGUUGUUUGCUUAAGGAACCUGAACCAUUCGCCUAAGUUAGAAUUUCACAUGUCGGGUGGCAGCCAUGGGGGAGAGGACAAUAGCCUACGUACAUUUUAAAACUGCAUGUUUUAAAAGGACUUUCCUUUUGGACGAUUUAGCUGUCUUACGCGGUUACUAUGACUGCAGAGAGAUGGCAGAUCUACAACACUAGGCAAGCAUUCUUUUGCAGUGUCUGUGGUUGCUUACAUGUUUAAAGCUCUAGUUUUCAACAGGGUUCUGAAUGGUCAAAGAAAUCUGGUGAAACUGGAUACAGUCGGCCCUCUGUAUCUUCCUGAAAAACUUCCAGCCUGAAACUUUUAUUUUUCAGUAUGCUCUUUCCUUCACUUAUACCACAAUUCUUCCAGUGCUUUCUAGAGGUGUCUGUGCUGCGCUUGGGAAGACUUGGGCAGGCUCUUUGCCAGAGUACCUAGACCCGUAUCUCGGGAUAUGCUAUUCUACAUUAUUACGGACGACAUGUGGACGCUGAAGAACUAAAGGGAACAAGGCACAUGCUAACUCCUCAUUGCCAUUCCUCCUUGUUCUUCCCGAUACCCUCUUCCCUGAAGCUCUAUCAUCUACUGAGAAAGUCCCUCUGUCCCCUUCAGUCACUCUCCCAUGUCUCCAUGUGUUCAUCCCAUGGCCCCUGCCAUUUCCCACUACCCUUCGGAUGCUUGACGAUUUUAGUAUUCAUAUGACACACCUACAAAAACUCUGGCUUCUCGUUUUCCUGAUCCUGACUGGUGAACCUUAUUAUGAAUGACUAUAGAAGCUCCUAAAGCUGUAGUGGAAAAUUCUUCCCAUUGGCUCAUGGUGCAUCUUAUUCAUCCUUUCCGAACAAAGGCCAUUGUUUCACCCAUAUCCCCUU